UGGCCCCGAGUCACCAUGGGCAGCGUCAGCAGCCUCCUCUCUGGCCACAGCUUCCACGGCAAGCACUGCCGGGCUUCCCAGUACAAGCUGCGCAAAUCCUCCCACCUCAAGAAACUCAACCGGUACUCUGACGGGCUGCUGAGAUUCGGCUUCUCGCAGGAUUCAGGUCAUGGCAAAUCCAGCUCCAAAAUGGGCAAGAGUGAAGACUUCUUCUACAUCAAGGUCAGCCAGAAGGCCCGGGGCUCCCACCGCCCAGAUUACACAGCACUGUCCAGUGGUGACCUAAGGGGCCAGGCUGGAGUGGACUUUGACCCGUCCACCCCACCCAAGCUCAUGCCCUUCUCCAAUCAGCUAGAAAUGGGCUCGGAGAAGGGUGCAGGGAGGCUGACAGCCUUCAAGCCUGUGCUGCCGCGGUCGGGAGCCAUCCUGCACUCCUCCCCUGAGAGUGCAGGGCACCAGCUGCACCCCGCCCCUCCCGACAAGCCCCGGGAGCAGGAGCUGAAGCCCAGCCUGUGCUCUGGGGCGCUGUCGGACUCCGGCCGCAACUCCAUGUCCAGCCUGCCCACGCACAGCACCAGCAGCAGCUACCAGCUGGACCCCGUGGUCACCCCCAUGGGACCCUCCAGCCGCUUUGGGGGCUCAGCCCACAACAUCAUGCAGGGCAUCGUCCCCCAGGACAGCAACAUGAUGAGCCUGAAGGCUCUGUCUUUCUCCGACGGGGGCAGCAAGCUGGCCCACCCGGGCAAGACAGAUAAGGGCGCCUCGUGUGUCCGCUCCCCCAUCUCCACGGAUGAGUGCACCAUCCAGGAGCUGGAGCAGAAGCUUCUGGAGAGGGAGGACGCAUUGCAGAAAGUGCAGCGCAGCUUUGAGGAGAAGGAGCUCGCCUCCAGCCAGGCCUGCGAGGAGCGCCAGCGUUGCGGCAGGGACGAGCUGGAGGGCCCGGAGUCCAGGUGCCCCAGCAAGCUGAAGCAGGCCUCGCAGAAGAGCCAGCGUGCUCAGCAGCUGCUGCAUCUGCAGGUCCUGCAGCUCCAGCAGGAGAAGCGGCAGCUCCGGCAGGAGCUCGAGAGUCUCAUGAAGGAGCAGGACCUGCUGGAGACCAAGCUCAGGUCCUACGAGCGGGAGAAGACCAGCUUUGCCCCUGAGCUGGAGGAGACCCAGUGGGAGGUGUGUCAGAAGUCAGGCGAGAUCUCUCUCCUAAAGCAGCAGCUCAAGGAGUCCCAGACGGAGGUGAAUGCCAAGGCUAGUGAGAUCCUCAGUCUGAAGGCACAGUUGAAGGACACACGGGGCAAGCUGGAGGGCAUGGAGCUCAAGACGCAGGAGCUAGAGAGCGCCCUGCGCACCAAGGGUCUGGAGCUGGAAGUCUGCGAAAAUGAGCUGCAGCGGAAGAAGAAUGAGUCGGAGCUGCUGCGAGAGAAGGUGAACCUGCUGGAGCAGGAGCUGCGGGAGCUGCGGGCCCAGGCCGCCCUGCAGCGGGAAGGCGUGUCCCUGGGGCCAGUGUCCCUGGGGCCAGGGCUCGCCUUCUCUGAGGACAUCCCUGCCCUGCAGCGGGAGUUGGAGCGGCUGCGGGCUGAGCUGAGGGAGGAACGCCAGGGCCACGACCAGAUGUCCUCGGGCUUCCAGCAUGAGCGGCUGGUGUGGAGGGAGGAGAAAGAGAAGGUGAUCCAGUACCAGAAGCAGCUGCAGCAGAGCUACCUGGCCAUGUACCAGCGGAACCAGCGCCUGGAGAAGGCCCUGCAGCAGCUGGCCCGCGGGGACGGUGCGGGGGAGCCUUUCGAGAUUGACCUGGGCGGGGGUGACAUCCCCUACGAGGACAUCAUAGCCACCGAGAUCUGA